UGAACCGCGUUGGAGAAAACGGCCAUUAAGGUAUUCCUUUCACGAACCUGAAAUCCCUACAAAAAAUUGAUUUUAAUUUACAGUAAAGUACAACUCCAUCCAAAUAGUAGAUUGGCAAAAUUUCAGGUCAGGUUAUCGAUCAUUUAAUGAAGAAUUAAAAUGUUAAAAAUCGUAAAAUUUCUACUGGAGCUUAUGGAGAAUCCGUCACCACCAUAUCAAUAAUUCGUACACUGAAUAACUCUAAAUUCCUGAUAUAAACUGUCUCACGGAUAGAAAAAAUGUAAGGAAUCCACAGCAACGAUAAAAAUAAAGGAUUAUCGAAUGUUUAAAAAAAGUAUCAACGAUAGAAGUUAUAUAGAAAAAUGGCAGAAGCAGAAGUUGUUUUUCCCAUAUAUAACAGCGACUUCUCAGAGGUUAGGAAUCAGUCCAAAUUUCGAGUGCCCUAGUUUGCGACACCAAUAAAAAAUACGGCCCUGCGAAGGAAUACCUUAAUGAAAGUAAAUAAACAAGACUUCACGCCGGCUCUGCGGAAUAAUUGAACAAUAAGAAAUAAUAAUACAUAAAAAAUGAAAGACCUUGUUUUCGUAUUGGAUAACGGAGCUCAUACGGCAAAAGCUGGAUAUUGUACCAGCGAGCCUAAAGUAGUGCUGAACUGCAUAACGAAAGCAAAGAGUGAACGACGUAGACCAUUCAUCGGAAACCAAAUAGAGGAAUGUCGGGAUGCUUCGGGUCUGUUUUACAUGCUAGCUUUCCAGAAAGGAUAUUUGGUCAACUGGGAUAUUCAGAAAAGUGUUUGGGACUACAUCUUCUCAAAGGAAUGUUGUCAAACGAGCUUGAGCGACGUUUCCGUGAUAAUAAGCGAGCCUCUGUUUAAUUUCCUCCCGAUUCAGGAAGCAACAACGGAAAUAUUUUUUGAAGAGUACGACUGUCGAAGCAUAUUGCAGAUCAAUGCAACAAGUUUGUCUUGUUAUAAUUAUAGAUCGAAAAAUCCAGAAAGCAAAGCUUGUGUCAUUGUUGAUUCAGGUUAUAGUUUUACCCAUGUUGUGCCAUACGUGAAUGGUAACAAAGUCAAAGAAGGAAUUCGUCGUAUCGACGUUGGUGGGAAAUUGCUUACGAAUCAUCUUAAAGAAAUCAUUUCUUAUCGUCAACUCCACGUUAUGGACGAAACUUACGUUAUUAAUCAGGUGAAAGAAGAUUCCUGCUUUGUUUCACAAAAUUUUGCCGAGGAUAUGGAACAUGCCAAAAAACAUGGCAACGAAAAUUCUAUUGUUAGAGAUUAUGUUUUGCCUGAUUAUACUACCUUGAAAAGAGGCUUUUUGAAACAACCCGAUGGCUCCAGCGAACAUCAAACACUCAGAUUAAAUAACGAGAGAUUCGCUGUUCCUGAAAUUCUUUUCCAUCCCUCUGAUGUUGGAAUCAAACAAAUGGGAAUCCCGGAAGCCAUCCUCAAUUCUAUUAAAGCCUGCGAACCUGAAACUUGGCCACAUCUCUUCGCUAAUAUUAUCCUUACCGGUGGAAAUUCCAAAUUUCCUGGUUUUCGAGAUCGGGUCUUUAAAGAUGUGCGCAGCUUAGCACCGGCAGAAUUCAAAGUCAAUGUCACCUUGGCCUCUGAUCCCGACACCUAUGCCUGGGAAGGUGGAAAGUUUCUAGCAAAUGAUCCGGCCUUUCGUAGUAUGGUCGUGACGCGUAACGACUACGACGAGGAAGGACCAGCUUUGUGCAGUCAGCGAUUUGAUCAGUGACUACUGAUGACUAUUUAUUUUUAUCAAUUGAAAUAAAAAAGAAUGUGAAAGUCACAUCUCUCAGUCUUUCCAUACAUUGACGUAAGAAAAUUGCUAGUUACGUUACGGAUCCUCUAUCCCUUCCUCUUGGUUUUUAUCCAAACUGGAAAUAUUAGGUUUUUUUUAUAACGAUUAGAUCCAAGGUAUUAUGUAAAAAAGUAAUUCGAAGGCAUUUUUCUCCAUUAGUUUAUUCGGUCGUAGGAAAAAUGUUUUUUUUAUAAGUAAUUCCAUUUUUGACAUUUUUGACAAAGAACCUUGUAUUUAUAUAAACUCGAUGCGAAGUAAUUGUAAGCUCAUUCGUUUGAAAAUGUAAAAAUUUUAGUGAGUACAAUCUUAAUCGCGCGAAAAUUGGAUUCAUUAAUUUCUAUGAUUAUCCAUUCAUUCGUUUUAAAAAUUCGAGAAUGAAAUUUUGUUCGAAAGGGUACAAUGAUGAAAGUUUGAAAUCGAAUAACAAAAAAAAUAAAUAAAACAAAAUUGUAAAGUAAAAGUUUUAUAAAAUGCCACUGAUUUUCAGCACGGAUAUAUAAUCCCAUCGAAAAAUAAAACAAUUACCAAGCCUGA